CCACAAAAGAGUGUAGACUAGGGUGGGGUGACACUGCCUACACAACUGAACUAUCGCCGUCAGCACUCCGGGUUCUCGCCGAAAAAGGCUUUCCGGAGAAGUGUCAUCAGCAACAAACCUCUUUUUUGUCACGUAAGGUGAUGGCCUGCACCAACCUAGACAAGAACGAGUCUCAAGCUGGAGCGUUCAAGAGUGAUAUUGCUCCCGAGAUGUACAUUGAACUAAACGACAACGGCUCCUACUAUUCAAGAAGCAUACUUCAGGUAUUCAAGAUGGCAUUUUCGACUCCAAGUGAUGAGAGUCAGCAAUUCCUGGACAUUGGUUGCGGCACAGGAGACUUCACACGAGAGCAUAUUUUACCCACAUGCGAGCCGUGUAGAAGGAUUGUGGCAAUCGAUUGCUCCGAAAGUAUGCUCAAGUAUGCCAGAGAAAAGUAUGCACACGAGAAGAUUGUUUACGACCACCUGGAUAUAGACAAGGACGUGUCGGCCUUUUCGAAGAAGCACGGUGGCUUCCAGCGGGUGUACUCUUUCAAGACUCUUCAAUGGUCUCAAGAUCUGUCGUGCACUUUGAAAAACAUCGCUGAGCUGCUGGUGCCUGGUGGCGAGUGUCUCCUAUUCUUCUUCGCGAGAACCUUCUUGAUGGAGUCCUUCAAGCAAAUGAGCCGCCUGGAGCCUUGGUCAAAAUACGCAGAUGUGCUUCUACGAGGCGUACCAAAGAGUCACGACAUAAUUGACCAAAAGGGCCAGCAUGCCUACCUGUCUGCGGCUCUUUCCUCGGCAGGACUCAUCCCUUACACCGCUGAAGUGCUGGUCAAACCGCACCUGACAUGGAGACCAGGUGACUCAUGUGAAAGUACUUCGAUACCCUGGCAUGUAAAGAGUUGA